AUGCAGCAUUCGCAACUUGCCCCGCUGCCAAGCGAUGUCCCUUUCCGCAUCAUCUCCAAAACAAUUGGUCAAGGCGCGUACGCAUGCAUCAAAAAGGCCUGCCCGCUAGAUGCCGACAACCCUGUCUUCGCCGUCAAGUACAUCCACAAGGACUACGCCGCGCGCCAUGGCAAGAUCAGUGCCAGGCAGCUUCAACUGGAAGUCACGGUACACAGGCAUGUGACAGGCCAUAACAACAUCAUCAGCUUUUAUCAAACCGGCGAGGAUGAUGUGUGGCGAUGGAUUGCGAUGGAAUUGGCAGAAGGGGGCGACCUCUUCGAUAAGAUCGAGGCAGACGAGGGAGUCGGCGAGGAUGUGGCCCACGUCUACUUCUCGCAACUCAUCAGCGCCGUCAGUUUCAUGCAUUCCAAGGGAGUGGGUCAUCGCGACAUCAAGCCCGAGAACAUGCUGCUCACGGCCGAUGGGAACCUGAAGAUUGCGGAUUUUGGGUUGGCGGCACUGUUCGAAUACAAGGGAGCCCGGAAACUCUCGGCCACCUUUUGCGGAAGCCCGCCCUACAUUGCACCGGAGGUGAUUACCUGCAGCACUCGGGGUACCACUAAAGGAUCGGGCUACCAUCCCGACUUGGUUGACAUCUGGUCCUGUGGCAUCGUUCUGUUCGUUCUUCUGGCGGGGAACACACCGUGGGACAGCCCAACGGACGAGAGUUAUGAGUUUCAUGAAUACCUGACAACAAAUGCGAGAACUACAGAUGAAUUGUGGCAAAAGCUCCCUCCGGCUACAUUGUCCCUAUUGCGCGGCAUGCUGACAGUGGAUCCUAAGAGUCGCUUCUCCCUAGAAGAUGUACGAAGACAUCCAUGGUACACGCGAUCAAACAAGUACCUAUCAUCUGAUGGUAAAUUGCGAGACCCCAUCAACCUAGCCACCUCCAUGUUUGAAUCACUGCAUAUCGAUUUCAGCCAGGAUCCUCUAUCCCAGAAACGGAGAGGGGCCAGCCGAAGUUUCGAUCCUAUGGAUACGGAUAUGGAUGGCAAUGGUGGUGGUGGUCUGUCUUCCACCCAGCCCGAGAUGCUGGGUGGUGGGCUCAUGAUGGACUGGGACACCCCCCAUCUAGCCUCAGAGUUCUCUUCAACGCAGCCCGCCCACAAACCAUUUGCUUCUCAAGAUAUUGCAAUGGCAACCCAUCUUGAAGACGAGCCCUCCAUGUCACAAUUCUCCCAACAGCCAUCCGUUCCCCUGAGCCGGACCCAGAAUGCCCAAAAAUUCCAGGAUAUCAUUCCUUCACGAUCAAUGACACGCUUCUAUUCAGCAUGGGAAUUGAAGCUUCUAGUCCCCUUGAUCUGCGAAGGCCUUCAUCGUCUGGGGGUUCCUGUUCCUUCGGUCCCGGCUGUGACUGCCGGUGACACUUCAGCUAUGAUCCGCGUGAUUGCGAAGGAUGGCCGCAUGUGUCCACUACAGGGCAAAGUACUCAUUGAGUGUGUCUCAGAGGGAGUAUUCGAAGUGGAAUUCGUCAAGAUCAAGGGUGAUCCCUUAGAAUGGCGCCGAUUCUUCAAAAAAGUGGCUAUCCUGUGCAAGGAUGCAGUAUUCAAGCCUGAUGAAUGA